GCGCUAAGCUUGCCCUCUCCGGGCACUAGCGGCGCCGGGGGCGGCAGCAUCGCAGCCCAUCCCGCGGCGCUCUCCGGCAGGGAUUGGAGGCAGGCCGGCUGCCGGUCGGCGGCCCCCUGGCGGAGCGGCUCCGCAUGGCCCGCGCGCCGGACGCCGCCGCCGCUGCCACCGCCCCUGCCCGGCUCGCCCCCGGCUGGCUCCCGAGGUAGGAGGCAGCGGCCAGCUCCUCUUCCUCCGGAUCGCCAGCAUGAGCGCGGUGGCUCUCCAGGAGCUCGGCAACAACAUGGUGGAGUAUAAGCGAGCGAUGUUUCAAGAAGAUGAAGUCCUGGACGCCCCUGGGGACGGGAGCAACACCUCUCCAGACAGCAUAGAGGUGGGCUUCCGAAAAGGUGAUGGCCUCUUCCUGAGUCGCCUUGGCUCCCAAAUCCAGCUGAAGUUGGUCUUCUGGGUGAUUUCCCUCUUUGUGGCUGUUCUGCUUCUGAGUACAAUCAUAGCCAUGGCCAUCCAGUACAGUAAAGAUCCCUUACAUACAACUUGCCUUACUGAAGCCUGCGUCAUUGUAGCUGGUAAGAUCUUGGAAGCUUUGGAUCCGGACGUCAAGCCCUGUGACGAUUUUUACCAGUAUGCCUGUGGGGGAUGGAUCAAGCGGAACCCACUGCCAGAUGGGCGCUCCAAGUGGAGUACCUUCAACAGUAUUUGGGACCAAAACCAGGCCAUCAUGAAGCACCUGUUGGAAAAUGCCACUUUUAACUCCAGCAGUGAGGCUGAAAGGAAGACACAGCGCUAUUACUUAUCCUGCCUCAGAGAACAGAAGAUUGAGGAACUGGGGUCUCAGCCGCUGAUUGAUCUGAUCGAGAAGAUUGGUGGCUGGAAUGUCACUGGCUCCUGGAACCAGACCAACUUCAUGGACGUCUUGAAAUUGGUCUCUGCAACGUAUCGCGCUUCUCCGUUCUUCACUGUUUUCGUGGGACCUGAUUCCAAAAGCUCCAAUAGCAACAUCAUCCAGGUGGAUCAGUCCGGCCUAUUUCUUCCAUCACGAGAUUAUUAUUUGAACAAGACAGCCAACAAGAAGGUGUUGUCUGCCUAUCUGGAGUACAUGGUGGAGCUGGCGAUGCUGUUGGGAGGAGCCAGAAGCGCAGUGGAAGAACAGAUGGGUCAGGUGCUGCUCCUGGAGACUCAGUUGGCCAACAUCACUGUCCCCCAAGACGAACGGCGAGAUGAUGAGAAGAUUUACCAUAAGAUGACCAUUGCUGACUUACAGGUUCUUGCCCCUGCUGUUGAGUGGCUGGACUUCAUCUCAUACUUCCUUGCACCACUAGACCUAACAGAUGCUGAGCCGGUGGUGCUCUAUGGGAGGGAGUAUUUGGAGCAGGUGUCACAACUCAUCAAUAACACCGACAAAAGUGUUUUGAACAAUUAUAUGAUUUGGAAUCUGAUUCAGAAAACGGCUUCCAGCCUCGAUCAGCGGUUUGAAACUGCCCAGGAGAAGCUAUUGGAGACUUUGUACGGUACCAAGAAGUCUUGCACACCGCGCUGGCAAACCUGCAUUUCUAACACAGACGACACCCUGGGUUUCGCUCUGGGAGCCCUGUUUGUAAAAGCCACCUUCGACCGACACAGCAAGGAGAUUGCUGAGAACAUGAUUGCCGACAUCCGUGCUGCCUUUGAAGACUCGCUAAACAAUCUUGACUGGAUGGACAAGAAGACCAAGCAAACUGCGAAGGAGAAGGCUGAUGCCAUCUAUGACAUGAUUGGCUUCCCUGAGUUCAUCCUCGACAACAAGGAGUUGGAUGAUGUCUAUGAUGGGUAUGAGGUCUCGGAAGACUCUUUCUUUCAGAACAUGUUGAAUUUCUACAACUUCUCUGCCAGGUUUAUGGCAGACCAACUGAGGAAGCCUCCCAACCGAGACCAGUGGAGCAUGACCCCCCAGACCGUCAAUGCUUACUAUUUGCCUACCAAGAAUGGCAUCGUCUUUCCUGCGGGCAUCCUCCAGGCUCCGUUCUAUGCUCACAACCAUCCCAAGGCCCUCAACUUUGGAGGCAUCGGCGUUGUGAUGGGGCAUGAGCUCACCCACGCUUUCGAUGAUCAAGGCCGAGAGUAUGACAAAGAAGGUAACCUGCGUCCUUGGUGGCAAAAUUCAUCCCUUGAAGCCUUCAAGAACCGGACGGAAUGCAUGGAGGAACAAUAUAGCAAAUACCUCGUCAACGGAGAGCAUGUCAACGGCAAACAGACGUUGGGGGAGAACAUUGCUGACAACGGGGGUCUGAAAGCCGCUUACAACGCUUACAAAUCUUGGCUGAAGAAGAACGGGGAGGAGAAACACCUCCCCUCCGUGGGCCUUACGAGUCACCAGCUCUUCUUUUUAGGAUUUGCACAGGUUUGGUGCUCUGUGCGGACGCCGGAGAGCUCGCACGAGGGCCUGAUGACGGAUCCCCACAGCCCCGACAAGUUCCGGGUCAUCGGCACUCUCAGCAACUCGCGGGACUUUUUAGAGCACUUUGACUGCCCAAAAGGCUCUUUCAUGAACCCUGGGAAGUACUGUGAGGUAUGGUAGGGGAAGGAAGGAAGGAAGGAAGGAAGGAAGGAAGGAAGGAAGGAAGGAAGGAAGGAAGGAAGGAAGGAAGGAAGGAAGGAAGGAAGGAAAUAAGUUGCAUCUCUGGCAGUUCCUGUACAUACAUCUGUCCAACCCUGCACAGUCCUGCUCACUUAGAAGCACUUGGCAACCCCUGCCUGGACAUCUUCAGUUGGUGCACCGGGACAAGGAAAAGCAGAAGCUCUGCCUUCCUUCCAAGACUACUUUUCUUAGGUCAGGAAGGAGCAAAACGCACCGCUUCCUCCUCUUCACUAAGGCCCUCACUUCUUCCUCUGUGGGAUCCGCGGAGACUCUCCAAUUCAACGUCUUUGGCUUUUCUUCUCAUCUCCAGCUAACUCGGGGCCUCGGCAAUCCUUUGCAGAGCCCUGGUGCCAUCUUUCUUCUGCUUCUCUAGGUCGGCUUUGCAGCUUUGCUGUUUGGGGGGAAGGGGGCGGUGGGUCUGGGAACCACACCGAGGAGGAUGCUUUUCCUCUUUGAAUCUCCAGGUUGGAAGGUGACUCUCUGGAUUCAGUGGGGGAAUUCCAACUGCAGCUUGCUAGGUUUAUGGACAUUACAGAUUCGUCAGGGAACCCCUUGAAACGUGGGGUAGGCAACCUCGGCUCUUUUAUGACUCGUGGACUUCAACUCCCAGAAUUCCUGAACCUGCAUGGGGGAAUUAUGGCCCCUUCAUGACUCGUGGACUUCAACUCCCAGAAUUCUUGUGCCAG